AUGGCUGCUCCAGCCUACCGUGAGCAGUUCUCCAGUCUGGGUGGAUCUCAAGAACUGACUGUAUUAGAGGCUGAAGUGAGCCUAACUGGGAAUAAAUGGGAGAAACACCCCAUUGUUAUUGGUCCAGAUGCUCCGUGCAUCCUUGGCAUAGACUAUCCCAAGAAAGGAUAUUUUAAAGACCCAAAAGGGUAUGACUGGGAUUUUGGUAUAGCAGCUAUAGAGACUGAGGACGUUACACAGCUGUCUACCUUACCCACUCUUUCAGAUGACCCUUCUGUUGUGGGACUGUUGAGGGUUGAAGAUCAGCAGGACAGGAUAAGACGUGGCCGACCAAGAGCAGACACAGUUCGUGAUCUAAUAAAUGAAGGAGAGCAUUCUUCUAGCAGAAUACGUUGCAAUAUCUGCAACAGGGUCUUUCCACGAGAGAAAUCACUACAGGCACACAAACGAACUCAUACCGGUGAAAGACCUUAUUUAUGUGACUACCCAGACUGUGGGAAAGCCUUUGUUCAGAGUGGACAACUCAAAACUCACCAGCGUCUUCACACAGGGGAAAAGCCUUUUGUCUGCUCAGAGAAUGGCUGUUUAAGCAGAUUCACACAUGCAAACCGUCAUUGCCCCAAACACCCAUAUGCCCGGCUGAAGAGGGAAGAACUCACAGUCAAACUGAGUAAAGAACAGACGGCUGACAAUAAAGCUGCAGCUGAGUGGCUAGCGAAAUACUGGGAGACUAGAGAACAUCGUGCUCCCACUUUGAAAAGUAAAACAAUCCAGAAAACGGAUCAGGAACAGAAGGACCCAAUGGGAUAUCUUCAGUCUGAUGAAGAGGAUGGUGAAGAGAAAAAUAGCGCUCAUUCAACUGCUUGCCGCCGCCUCCAGGAACAGCGUGAACGCAUGCAUGGUGCAUUGGCUCUUAUUGAGCUUGCAAACCUAGCUGUGGCACCGCUGUGA